AUGUCAACCCCUAGCUCCAACCCCUUCGCCGACUCCUCCAACCCCGACCCCGGCCAGCUCCGCGCCGUCGCCAUCACCGACCAUGUCUCCGUCAAGCUGUCCACCACCGCCGCCAACUACCUCGCCUGGAAGACGUACUUCUACCUCCUCUUCCGCGAGUACAACAUGCGCGAUCACAUCGAAGGCACCGCCGACCUCCUCGCCUGCGACGCCGACUGGCUGGCCAUCGACGCCACCAUCAUCCGCUGGCUCUUCCUCACCGUCUCGCCGGACAUCUUCAAGACCGUCGUUCGGGAAGGCGAUGAUGCCCGCACGGUGUGGGGAAAGAUCAACGGCCUCUUCACCAAUAACAAGCUCCAACGUGUUGUCUUUUUGCAGCAGGAAUUCUUCGGCACACCACAGGGCGAUCAAACCUUGGAUGCCUACUGCCUGCGCCUCAAGGCCAUCUCCGACGAGCUCCAGGACCUUGGGUUCCGGAUUGGCGACGAGCUCCUCCUCUCCACCCUCACCGCCGGCCUCAACGAGGACCUCGGCAACGCCACCUCCAACCUCACCCUCAUGACCAACCCUACGUUCGAGCGGGCGGUCGACUACCUCCGGCUGGAGGAACGGCGGCUGAAGGGUGUGCGCACCCGGGCGGAGCUCCACCGGCGCCCACCCCCGCCCCUCCACAACCUGCGCCUCAGCCGCAACAACACCAAGGAGGAGGGGGCGGUGGCCGCGGCCGUCGCCGUGGCCGUGGUGGUGGCCAUGGCGGUGGCAACAACGGCGGCCCCAGCAUCGUCGGUCCGCGACCUGGGCACUCACACCCCACUCCGCCGUGGGCGGGCGGACACAACCCCUGGACGGGGGUCGUGCACGCCUACACCAUGCCCGUUCCGCGUCCCCCCGUCCCCGGCACCGUCGGCCCCCGCCCGCCGACGCACCGAGGCCUUCAUCGCCGCGCCACCGCAGGCUCCCGCCGGCCUGCCCUACGCUCCCGCCGGCCUGCCCUACGCCAGCCUGCCCUACGGCGGCAUGAUGCCGCCGGCCCCGAUGGCCCACUGGGACCCCGUGUUGUACACCGCCCUUCAGCACGCCCCCUCGCCGGGCGCUUACUCUGGCGGUGGCGACUGGUUCAUGGACACCGGAGCCUCCGCACACAUGGCUGCUCACCCGGUUUCACCGCAACUUGUUCAGAACCUAGUUUCCAUCAAAACUCUCUCUCGUGAUAACUCUGUAACUGUGGAAUUUGACGAGUUUGGUUUUUCUGUAAAGGACGCCCGUACCCGGAUGUUCGGUCGUCACAUCCUCGCCCUCCAAACUGACAACGGCAAGGAGUUCGACAACACCACCAUCCGCACCCUCCUCUCCACCCACGGCACCAUCUUUCGCCUAACCUGCCCAUACACCUCCCAGUAG